GAUUCUCCGAAUCAAAACUCGGAAGUCUAUCUUGUUUGUUUUCAGCUGUUUUUUCUUCUGCCUUCUCUCGGUUGAUUAACGGAGAUUAAAAGCGAAUUCAUCCGGUUUAAUGUUGAGUCAAGGCCACUGCAGCUUAUCGAGCACAUUUCCGGAGUUUAUAAGUCAAACUGCUGCCGUGUGGCAGGCCGCUGCUUGGUGAAACAUGGAGGAGUUGUACACCUUGGACAGGGAGGUGGGCAGAGGAAGCUAUGGUGUUGUGUUUGAGGGCCACAUGGCCAAAACAGGACACAGAGUGGCCAUCAAACGUCUCCCCUGCAGCAACCCAGAAUGCAUUGAGCUCUACCUGCAGGAGCUUUGGGCCAUGAGAGCCACAGCCAAGAACCAUGUCAAUGUCAUCGCUCUGCACAGCUGUCUCCUUCAGACUGGAUCCAGGAGCCUGAAGCCCCUCAAACAUGGAAAACUGCCUCUGCGUCUGGUGGAGACCGUCCUCAAAGGAAGUGUGUUGGAGCCACAAAGAGCUCGAGAGAAGAGUGGGGUUUUUUCAGAAACCCUGAGGAGGACUAACUCCAGCUCCAGACUUCAGGAUAAGACCAACACAGUUCUGGCUGGUUCUAGACUCAAGGAGAGGAAUAAAUCAACCGGUUCUGAUUCCUUGACCCCACAGCGGCCUCUGAACCGAGCUGUGAAGCGAUCAGCAGCCCAGAGGGAGGAAGAGCAGUCUGGAUCUCUGCGCUGCAUGGCCCUGUGGCUGGUGAUGGAGUAUUGUGAUGGGGGAGACCUGAACCACUACCUGCUCUCUAGACCCCCAGAUGCUGAGCGGAACCACAGCGUGGUGCUGCAGCUCUGCAGCGCCGUGGCCUUCCUUCACGGCUUAGGGAUUACCCACAGAGACCUCAAACCAGACAACGUUCUGGUCUGUGUGACGCCCAAAGGCCCCGUUAUAAAGGUGGCGGAUUUCGGCCUGAGCAAGAUGAGCGGCGCCGUGGGGAACGGCGAGCGGUGCCGCCAGCACUUCUCCUCCACGUGCGGCUCGGACUUCUACAUGGCUCCGGAGGUGUGGGGCGGGCUGAGCUACACGGCUCAGGCGGACAUCUUCUCCCUGGGGGUGAUGUUCUGGGCCGUCCUGGAGAGGAUCACCUUUGUGGAAGAAGGGACGACGCAGGAGCAGCUGGGUGCCUACGUGUGCAGGGGUCGCUGGCUGAUGCCUCUGGGUGAAGCUCUGUGGGAGAACGCUGACCUGCAGCUGUGCGUUCCUAUGAAGUUUAAGAGGGCCCCCCCGCUGCCGCCGCCUCCCGGCCUGGCCAUGUGCUCCCUGCUUUUAGACAUGCUCGCCUUGAACCCGGACGCUCGGCCCUCGGCGGAGCAGCUGGAGGCCAGAGUGCUCUCUGCUUUGAAACAGGACUCCCACUGAUGGACGGCGCAGACUCUAAUGGCUCUGACCACUAAAACCACAAUGAAAGUAACUGCUGUUUUCCCACUGCAGCUCCUCUACAGCCUGCUUUUGGCCUCAGGGAAAAGGCCAAACUAAAUGCAUAUCAAUGUGAUUACGGGUGGCUGCCAGCGUCCAGGGCCAGAAUUAAGGGAAAAUUGAUCAAUUUUGUUAAAAGUGCUCUGAUUCUUUAGUAAAAAGCACCUUUUAAAUGCAGUGGUGCUUCAGCCUCUCCACAGAGAGCGUAAAUGGGACUUAAUAUUACAUUUCAGCACUAUGCUGUUGCUUCCAUGUUUAAAUGGAGGCCAUUUUCAUCUGUUUAUGUAGUGCUGUAUUGAGAUAAACAGAUGCUGCUCAUCUUUAGCUAGAAGCGGGGUCUGUUAGUUCUCCACUUCAUUCUGGGUCUUCAUUUCAUUCUUCCGCUGCAGCAAAUGUUUCCCCCGCUAAAAAUAAACAAACCAGUGUCAGAAAUGUUCUGAUCUGUUUUUUUACUUGUUGUUCCAGAGCUCCUGCACGUAGCAUCCUCUGGGCUUUUUGUCUUUUAAAGAUCUGCUUUGCAGGAAUGUCUUUAACUUUUAAAAGUGUAAAUAAGCUAGGCAUGUUGUGGAGGCAGAUUUAGCAAAAA